CUCCGAGCUUCAGAUCUGCUGCUUCAACACAAAGUCAAGGCUUUAAAACAAGAGUCCAGGGGAAAAUAGAGAAUAAAGUCCAAAUAUCUCAGCGAGAAGAAGAGUUUGUUUGUUUUUUCAUCACUUCCGGCAGAUACAUCUGGAGUAAAACAAACCGGCUGCUGCUGCAGGAUGUGAGAGAACCACAACACAUACUGUGACAACUGAAGGCCAGACUGAGAACCUGCAGCAGGAAAGAGUUGAAGAGAUUGAAGGAAGACCAACGGCUACAGACAAAACAUGGCUCUGUUCUUCUCCGGAGCUGUUACGAGUUCACCGAUCAAACGAAGGCUGCGGGGGAAUCCCUCCUGCCAGAGCCUCGACCGCUCUCUGCUCUCUCCUGACUCCUCCUACGUCUGCUACUCGUCGGCGGACGGCGGCGAUCCGUGCUCCUGCCGCCGCUCGCCACGCCUCCUCACCAACGGUUACUACAGCGUGACGGAGGACAGCUUCACCUGGGACGAUGACGGCAAUGUGUCGCUGACUCCCUGCAAAACCAGCGUGUCCUACAAGGAGAACCUCGUCAGGGUUUUCCGGCGCAGGCGGCGGCCUCGCGGCUCUCUGGCUCGCCUGCUGAGCGACGUGACGGAGAGCUGCCAGUCCUGGCUGGAUGAGAAGGUCUUCAGGGGCGUGUUCGGAACGGGACAGAACCAAAACCAGAUCCAGAUCCAAGACCAGGAUCUGGAGACCAGGCAUAAGGACCAGGACUGGACGAGACAGGAAGGCCCGGCCCUGUUAGAUGAGUCAGCGUGGUCUGGGUUCAGCAGCGAGCUGGACGACAGCCGCAGCUUCACUUACGACCACACUGAGAUCCCACCACCUCCAGACAAAGAAGCCCCGCCCCCGAAGCUGCUCAUCCAGGAGGAGAUUUGUUCAGAGAUCUGUCAGUCAAAGCAGUGCUUCACUCAGUCACUGGGCGGCCUCUCUGAAGUCCCGCCCCCAUCGCCUUUCUACACCAACUGCUGUUGCCAGGCAUCACCUGAGCCCACAGGGUUAACCAUGAAGGCCCUUCUCCUUCUCAUGUUCACCAUCUUCCUCCUCACUAAUCUGUACUCUGGGUGUCUUCUGUGGAGCACGACCGUCACUUCCACCGUGUUCAUGGUGAUGACAACAUUUAUGCUCCUGACCAAGUCUGGUCCGAUGGGUGAGUGGAGGAGGGCAAAGACGGAGGAUAUCACAUCAAGGAACGAGUAAAAUAACCGCCAGGAGAACAUUUCUGCAACGUGAAGUGAGACAGUAAAAGGUCUGAUGGGACUUAAAUAGAAAUAUUUAGCAUUUUAAUAACUGUUUGUAUGUACGAUGCACUUGAAGUUAGACUGAGCUCCGGAAAAGAUUUAACAGCAACACCCGUUUGAUUCAAAAACUUUAUGAAUGUACAUUUUUUAUCUAAAAGUGUUGCCUACACGGAGAUGCAUGACUAGAAGGGCUGACGUUUUUAAACGGUUUGAAACUAAAUUCAAGCCGACACAUUUUUAAUAUUUAACUUUUAAAUCCAAAGCGAAACGACGGGAAAAUAAACAUGAUGAUGCAUGCAGGUAGUUUACAUUUCUCACAAGUCUCAUUUAAGUUUCCAAGCAGAUUAAACAUGAUAGAAACUGAGGCGUUAUUUAAGUGUUGGGACCAUGAAUCAUGUUUGGAUUUUCCCGGAGUAUAAAAGUAUGAAAUCAGACAGUUGGUUUGUUGUUAAAAAGCCGAAGGAGCUCAUUAACAUGGUGACACAAGUGACUUUAGUGUAGCUAUUAAAAAAGUUUCCAUAUCAGAUAUAAAACAUCCAAAUGUACCUGGUGUGUUUUAAAAAUACUGUAAGUGUAUCUUCUAUUGUUAAUAGCUGAUCUUGGCUUUUUUUGGGCUCUCCAAAGUGACCAAACGUCGGACUGAACUUGUCCGGAGACGUGAAGCCUCACUUCUUUUCAAAAUAAGAGCUGUAACAUUUUUUAAACAAUCGAACAAAUCUACCUAGGAGUUGUACCCGCAGGAGGAUAAGUGCCAUUUUUUUCCUGAAGAAACUGAAUGAAGAGUUUUAUUCCAAAAUGAAAAAAAAGAAAUGUUGAUGUUUUGAUGCAAUUACAUCAUUUUAUUUCAUUCUGAUGAAUUCAUACUGACAGUUUAAACCAAGGAUGGGCAACUUAAAUGCUGAAGGGGCCACAAUUUUUCAUCGACACUACCACAGGGCCACAUAUAGGACCGUGCACUUAACCAGAUAUGAUGAAACUGCAAUUUUAAAUAUGUUUACAGUGCAGUAACUUAACAUAUUUCAUGCUCAAAUGCAUGUAUAACAGUAUAAAUAGGAAUACAAAAGGUUUGAAGCAAAUAAAAAUAACCACUUACUGUGAUUUCUUUUUUUUUUCAGUGUAAGAACAGCAGACCAACAUUAAUUACAAAAAGUAAUUUUGUGCAUUUUUACACUGCACUUUUAAGAUUUCAUGCUCAAAUGCAUGUAGUUGUACUGAGGGCCACUUCAAGUGAGGGUGCGGGCCAUAUGCGGCCCCCGGGCCUCCAGUUGCCCAUCCCUGGUUUAAACCAACCAGAAGUCUUGAAUCUAAAAUAAAGUCAGAGGAGGAUAUAAAGAUAUAAAUCCAGAUUACAUGAUGUUCUUCUCUUUUGCAAAUUAAGAGCAGCACACCAUGUGAGUCUUCUGCACUGUAAACAUAUUUUAAAUUUAGAAUGCAGAAGAUUCAGAAGUUUUUCUCUGCAGCGUUUUGAAAUAAAACUCUUCGGCUGUUAAAUUAAAGUGCCUUUUAAAAAUCAGCCAGCAGAUCAGAAAUACACAAUAAAACAGGGAAAUGUUGGAUUAAAGCCUAAGAAUGCUGCUGAAACAUUAAGCAGACCUGCUCCGGUGUUUGAUUUAUCCUGCAGAGUGGAGCAGAUGGGUGGAGUUUAAAAAAAACAACAAAAAUUCUGUACAUUUGGCUGUUCACAAAUAUUGUCAAACAACUCAGUCAGCCAGUCAGACAUACAGACUGGUGUGGCUCUGAGGUCACUGAACGUGCAUCAGCAGCCGUUUUAAAGUCCAUAUGUGAACACAGCCGUGCAUGAUGUGUGGACAGGGCUACAGACUCCACCCGCCUGGCCUCACAGGCAGCAAACACUAUUUACAGCUCCUUUGUGAGUCAGGUCUGUGAAGGGUUAAACUUCUGAAACAGGGAAUCUACUUCUGACGGAGCAAUAACUCCAGAAAAAUGGAAAAAGAAAACAUUGAAAGUCAUAAGUGAAGCAGAGAUAAAUGUUUUCAUCAGGAAAAGAAGUGUGGCAGGAAGCUGGGGCUAAUAAAUGUUACUAAAACAAGUACUGUACAACUUUAUAAGGUUUGGACUUUAUAAAGUUUUGUUUUGUCUCAAAAUUCAAUCAUGGCCCUCAAACUACGCCAAGACUUUAAGUAAACGUGAAGCAGGAAGAGAUGAGCUGUGCAGCGCAAAUCAGCUCUUUCUGUAUAAAUGUGAACUUUUUAAAUGUGUUUCUGUGAGCUGAGGAGCAGAGAAGACGGAUCUUUACUACUUCAUGUUACAGAUCGGCUAAAAAAACUUUUUUUCUUUCUGAGUUAUAUUCACGACCAGGUCCCUGACUGCCUCACACCAACCAAGUCUGUUACGUAAGGUAAUGAAACCAAGACUUAACUGUUGUAGUGCAAACCUUUUUUAAGUCCUAAACAUGUGGACGAAGCCUCUCAUAUUGUUUUUUGGAGCCAGAAGUGACCAUAUUUGGAUUGUCCUAUUAAAAAACAACAACAAAAACAUCAUAGUGAGCUUUCAGGAUGUCAUUUUGUCAUUAGAGCCAAAAACAGCAAAUCUCCAUUUUUGAGAGACUAAAAAACAACAUGAAAAUGGAAAAAAAAAGACUUUUACCAUUUACCAUUUUUCAUAUCUGUAGGAUGCUAUUGCGAUUGCUCAAUAGUUUUUUUUACCUUACACAAAUGAGACUUUUUAAGGUGCUAUUUGUUUGUUUUUUUCUGCAAAAAAAACUGUAUUCCUAAUAUUUUAAUACAACUUUGCAUGCCUUAUUACUUAAAUUUAAAGCUGCACUUAAUAAUAUUAACAAUGGAUCAAAUGAAACUGUUAUGUGAGAGGUCCUACAAGCUUUUUUAGGACUUUUAAGAGUUGGUGGAAACCAAAAGCAGCUAAAACAGAGUAAAUAUUGGACACAAUCGCCAAAGGGACCCCUCAUGUUGCUGUAUAUAUAAAUAACGUGUGUUUUCUGCCCCCUGGUGGCCAAAACAGUUCAGAUUUAAAUGAUUAAUGCAGAUUUAAAUGUUUAAUGUUAAAAGUGGAUAAAGUUUGUCAUUGUCAAGUUUGUCAUUUUGGCCGUUGCAUAUUGGAGUUUUUUUAGCCCAUAUUUGGAUAAGAGACUAAAUCUGACUGGGAACCCGCUAAAUCCUCAGCUAAUGGUAUCGCUUACUAGCUACUAGGUGCAUCUGAUGGGAUAAUAAUUUAGCAAAAAAAAUGGGACUAAAACUUUACUUACCGAAAAAAAUUGACAGCAUCUUCUAGCACAACUAACCACUGAUUAAGACUAAAAUGUUAAAGAUAACUAAGUCAAAACUUCACUCCAGAAGGGACCAUUAUUUACUAAAUGAACAUCAUGUUGCAUUGAAGAAGACUUGAAACUAACGAUUGAGACCAUAAACUCAUGAUGAAACGUUUACUGAGGUUACAAGUCAAGUCAGAAGUCGGAUCAUUUUUUAUAGAUUUACAUGCAAACGGAUUUCUUUCUGCAGCCGGAGGAAUCGCCCCCUGCUGGACAUUGGAGAGAAUGCAGGUUUAUUCAGGCACUUCUGCAUUUCACUUAAUUUGACAAGAAAUCUUAGUCUACUUUUUUUCUACAGUCUGAGGUGGUGUGUGGCGUGAACGUGGCGUCAGAUCUGUAACAUGAAGGGUCAACAUGCAGUCACACCAGAUAAUAUCAUGGCUCUGGGUGUGGGUUAAAAAAAGUGUCUCGAAACAAUAAAAUUGACAGUGGAAAUGUCACUCCUAAAACGCUGGUGUGACGGCUCUUUAAAGGUCUCGCUCUCUGUGAAUCAGGAGUUUCUGAAUCGUCUGAUGUGUUUUUAUUCACACAAAGUGCCAAAUUUGUUGAUGAUGACGAUUCAGAAAACAAAACAAAUCAAUCUAUAUUACUAAUAUUUUUAAUACAACUCUGCAUGACUUAUUAUUUACAUUUAAAGCUGUACUUAAAAAUAUUUCUAUAUCAACAAUGGAUCAAGUGAAACUGUGUAAUGGGAGAGGUCCCAGAAGAUUUCUGGCUGCUAUUUUUGGUUUUAUGGCCAAAAAUGUAAUAAUGUUUUUCUCAGGAGUUGGUGAAGACCAAAAGCAGAGCUAAAAGAGAGUGAAUAUUGGACACAAACUCCAAAGGGAUGCUCAUUUAUUUGCUGGAUAAAUAAAUAAUGUGUUUUCUGCCCCCUGGUGGCCAAAAACAUUUUGAUGCAGCUUAAAAUGUUGAAAGUUAAACGUGAAUCAUUGUUUUUCUCUUUCUUUUAUACAACAGACUUUUAAGAGGUGUUAAAUAUUGAAUUUACUGCAAAGUUUCUGUGAUGAAAACACAUUUAAUAUGAAUCAAACCUUUAGAUAAGCUCUUGUUUGUGAUGUUGGUAGUGUUAUGUUUAUAAUAUAUAUAGUUACACGGACUGCACUUGUUUCCAAAGGUGGAAAUGUAAAAUUCUGCUCUGCUCUGACUGCACUUAUUAUAUUCCAUUUACAUGUUUUGUUUUUUUAUUCAUGUUACUAAAGUGUGAAAACUGUAAAGAUUUAACAUUAAACGAUGUGCAAACUA